GUGGGAUGUCCGAUGAGCGUAAUGAUGGCUCACCGAUGCGGCAGCCGGCUGCAAGGCUGCGGGCCGCGAUAAGUCACACGCGAAAAAUAAGUAGCGCCACCGGCUGCCCUGCGGACGCAAGCCCGGGCAUUUGACGCCUAUUGGGGGCAGCCGCCACGCCCGGCGCCAUGCCCCGCCUAGGGCUGCUGCUGGCAGCCCUCACGCCCAUUAGGGCCUGGUGGGAGCGCCACGCGCAGGACAGCUCCGUGCUCACGCUGAGCGUCCCCGCCGGCGACUCGUUCGUGCGGGCGACGCAAAAGCUCGCGGAGGACUGCGACCUGCAGGAGAACGAGGCGGCCAUCGUCGACGCGUUCCGAGGGCGAUAUAGGUUCACGCUCGGCGACAGCGACGUCGCGCCGUACCGCAUGGAUUUGCUGGUCACGAGCGAGCACUGCCACCGCCAGGACAUCUCCAUGAGCACGGCGAGCGGCUGGCGGCACAACUUUGGGGCCUUGUAUUUCGAUGGCGAUGACGAUGUUGAUAGUUUAGCUGCUCUGGAGUGUGCUCGAAUAUCAGCACCUGGUGCUGGUGUAGCCCCGUGCGAGAAAGCGUUGGCAGCUAGACUCCGAGAAGUUCUCAGAGUAGCGGGCGCGCGGCCGCCCUGCGCCGGCGCCUGCCCCCACGCGCAGGAGCGACGGCGGCACGACGACUCGACAAAACGCGUCGAGACGGCUAUUGCUGCUGCUUUAGCUAUCGAGCGCGGCGACGUCGAAGGUAAUGGAGCAGGAGCUGCCCGCGCGUUAGCCAUGGCCGGCGCGGCGCUCAAGUCGGCUCGAAGCCCGCCGCGGAGGAACGACUGGCCCGCCACGUCCCUCAAACAGUGCGCUUCCGUCGAUCCCAGUACGAAUGAGACCACGACCUGCAUCCUCGAGAACGUGUACGUCCUGAACGGCCAAUUCCUGAUCCUGCACGACGACGGCGACCACAUCGCGAAAAUCACCGACGAGGGCCAGCCCGGCGGCUACGUGGAAAUGAAUCAAACAAGGUGGCUGCCCCGGUUAAGACUGGCGCCUUCUGCCGAUUCUCCUGUCUUUGAGCCGAAACGACUGGCGCGCCAGGCGUUUGAUGAUAUGCGUUCAAGUCUAGGUGUUCCGGCGCGGGACGCGUCCGUCGAGCUGUUGUUUGCCCUUGAAAGAGUAGGUGACGACCAGUUGCAUCCCGGUCAUGUUUUGACGUCCUAUGCUCUCGCGGCGUACUGGGCGAUGUCCCUCCUCAAUUUGGUAAGUGAGCCGUGGCGUCUCCACCUAACGGAUAAGCGGCCGGCCUUCGCUACCGACGGCUGGCUGGCGUCUGUAGUGAAUGAGAAGCCGCUCUAUCGACGCCAUUUGGAGACGACGCUGUGCCCGCGCGGGUCUAUAUGUAGGAUACCGCGCUUCGUGGUCGGCUGCGGGUCGCUGGACUGGAACCAGUACCGGGACAAGCCGCACGUCUUCGCGCCGGUGCACCGCGCCUUCGCGAAACGAGGGCGGCAGCUGCUGGGUUUACCGGCCGACGACGGCGCGCGUCCUAGAAAAGCGUUGCUGAUUCAAAGGUUGCAUUCUAGGGUCAUCCCGGACGCGAAGGCUCUGGCGACGAGCGUCGGUGCCGAUCUAGUGAUCCUGGACCACAUGCCCCUCAAGGAGCAAUUGGAUCUCUUCGACAGCACGCGGGUUAUUAUUGCCGUUGAUGGUGGCGCCUUAGAUUUAUCCCUGUUAGCUCGGCCAGCCACGGGCUUCGUCACCAUAAAACGCCCGCACGACUCGGAGUCGCCGGACGGCUGCCUGAACUGCCCGACGGGCGGCCCGGACGGUCCCUGCUGCGACUGGCACCUCGCUUUAUUCGGCGCGGCGAACGGCACGUGGUUGGGCGCUGAGAGUUUGAAUCCGGGUGCUGGGUUGUCCGUCGAUCCGAUUGCGCUGAAAGGCGCGAUUUCGCGAGUGAACGCGCGCUUGAAAGAGCUCUCCGAGUUCAAGGGCCAGGGCGACCGAUAAGUUUUAUCUUUAGCUUU